AUGUCUGACACCGGUCGCCAGGGAUUCGCUGACAAGGCUUCGUCGGCCAUCAAGCCCGACUCGCAGAAGUCGACUGGCGAGGUUGCUAAGGAGAAGCUCGACAACGCCGCCGCCACCCUGCAGCCCGACUCGACCAAGUCGACCUCCCAGCAGGCCGGUGACAAGCUCUCGGGCUCGGACAAGUCGGACGAGUCGCUCCUCGACAAGGCCAAGAACGCCGUCGGCCUCAACAACAACAACACCACCGCCUAA